UCCGGCGAAGUUAUGGACCGUUCUACGCCGACACAUAACUCUUCAAACAAGAGUCUAAGCGUGAGCUAUCUCGUCUCUCUAAUGGUACUCUGCGCCAGGCACGCGAAUCGUCUCUCCAAGAAGCUAAAGCCGAAGAAGCGAACUCGCUACGAAAACUUCGGCGGCCGAUGGAAUAUGGCGAGCUCGCCGAUGAGAUUUAAGGCUGAGAAGGAGAAAACGGCGGCGAUGGAAGAGGAGCAGCAUGGCCUUUGGCAAAGAGAGAUUUUGAUGGGCGGAGGAAAAUGUGAGCCGUUAGAUUUCUCGGGAGUGAUUCACUACGACCGUAAUGGACGGCAGUUAAGAGAGAUGCCACCGAGGUCUCCACGUGGCACUCCGUUCCCAGUUCUUAAGACGGGUCGCCGUGAACGGGUCACCGUUGGACAUGAUAGGAACUAAUGAUUUUGAAGCAGUAAACAUAUUAUGUAUAUUAAGCAUGUUAUUGUGAUGCCUUUAUAUUCUAAGUUAUGUUACAACAUUUAAACUUGGAUAGGCCAGUAAAGUUUAGGGUUCAAAGUCCAAACCAACAUGCCAUAAUAAUAUACUCUUGCUACUUCAGUUGCUACUGUGUUAA